UUUGAUUGCUACCAUAAGUUUGCUAACGUUUAUUCGAGCAGCCUUCAUUCCAUCGUCGACACUGAAAUCUACUGAGUAAAGGUUGUCCACGAAAAUGAAAAUGAUGUACAGCCCCUUAUUGCUCGUCCUCUUCGUAUUUGCUGUGCAAAAUAUUCCUAUGGUGGAGGGAGAAAAAGGUGCGCAAAAUGCAGCAGAACAAGAGAAGAAAGACAAUGAAAAAUUCAUAGCAGACACGGAGGAGAAAAUUAAGUAUCUAAAAGAAGCACUUAGUGGCCGUGUAGUUAAAGACUUCAAGAACGCUUUAGGAAAAAAACAAAGUUUUGGUGCUGCAGAGAUUAGGAGUUCAAUGGAGUCGUACGUCAGAGGAAACCUUAACUCACUGUCUGAGGUGGAGGAUGAUGGUAGAGACAGAAGAUUUAAGAGCGCCAAAGGCUGGGAGAAUUGCAAAGACAUGAUCAAUGGGUUGACGGAAGCUACAACCAUCCGUUACAGUGACGUAGAACACCUUUUAAAAGGUAUUCCAGAUGAGUCCUUGGAAACUCUCAAAGGUAGCCUCGAAAAUACAUCAAAAACAUAUCUUAAUGGAAGAUACAAGGCGCACUUCAGAGGUCUUCAAGUAUGUCCUUAACAGGGAAAACUUGACAGGGAAAAUGGAGGUAAAUUACGUCAGAUGAAAAAUUAAAUUACUGAUCAUACCUCAUGA